UUCAAUUAUUCUACGGCGAUUUUGCAGAGUCCAACUGCCCUCCAUCCAUCUUCCAUCUCCAUUCGCGCAAAUCCAAAUCGCUUUGUCCACUUUCUUCCUCUCCCAGCACCUGUUCUCAUUCCCAAAUCUCUUUCUACGAUCAACAUAAUGGCUCACAACAACACCGCCAAUACCCUCGGCUGCUCUAAUGAAGAUCAUGAGGAAUCGAGCCCUCUCUUGAACAAGAUGAAUACCAAUGAAGAACAAGUAUCCGUUAAGAAAAACACUAAAGUAUUGGCGACCACCGACACCAAGCCUACCGCUUCAGUUUCUCCAACGGCGAAAUGGACAGUGGUGGAUCAGGGAGGUUCCACCGCGGAGAAUGGGUGGAUGGCUAAUGGGUUGCCGUUGGGUCACGGAAGCGUUGUGGGGGAGCCUAUGGGCAGGGCACAAUGGGAUUCAGGGAUCUGUGCUUGGUUCGGCCGGAACGACGAAUUCUGUAGCAGCGAUCUUGAAGUGUGUCUUCUUGGAAGUGUAGCCCCUUGUGUGUUGUAUGGAAGCAAUGCUGAGAGACUAGGAUCAGCUCCAGGAACAUUUGCAAACCAUUGUUUGCCUUACAUUGGCCUCUACUUGAUUGGUAAUUCUGUGUUUGGCUGGAACUGCCUUGCUCCAUGGUUUUCAUAUCCCACCCGCACUGCAAUGCGUCGCAGGUUUAACCUCGAGGGAAGUUGCGAGGCAGUGAACAGGUCAUGUGGAGGUUGUGGAAGCUGCAUUGAAGACGAGUUCCAGCUCGAACAAUGUGAGACUGCAUGUGAUUUUGCUACUCAUGUUUUCUGUCACCCAUGCGCCCUUUGUCAGGAAGGCCGGGAGAUUAGGCGCAGGGUGCCACAUCCUGGCUUUCAAUCUCAGUCGAUGUUGGUUAUGCUCCCUCCCGCUGAUCAGACCAUGGCCCGUCAGCCUUGA